GCGCAUUAAUAAAUAAAAAGAGAGAAAAAGAAAACAAAAGCAAAGCAAGACCUUCUCCGACCUUCGAGUCCUCAGCUCGCUGGUGACUCCGAUCCCAUCUCUUCGAUCCCUUCUCCAUCUCGGAAUCCUGAUUCUCAUUCCCAGAUCUCACACAUCAUCUCAGAUCUCUCGCUGUGCGGUGACAGAUCUCAAUUUGGUUGAUUUUUCCCUUUUGGAUCUGUGAUUUUGGUGUAGAUUCAGCGGAGAAGCAUCAGCCAUGGCGCCGAGCACGAUCAGGAAGGCUUUGGGGGCGGUGAAGGAUCAGACAAGCAUUGGGCUGGCCAAGGUGUCGAGCAACAUGGCGCCGGACCUUGAUGUUGCGAUCGUGAAGGCUACUAGCCACGAGGAUGAGCCGGCGAGCGAGAAGCAUAUCAGAGAGAUCUUGAAUCUCACUUCCUAUUCGCGUGGAUAUGUUGCUGCUUGUGUGGCUGCUGUUUCCAAGCGGCUUAGCAAGACCCGUGAUUGGAUCGUUGCUCUCAAGACCUUGAUGCUCAUUCACAAGCUCUUGGCUGAAGGGGACCCUGGUUUCCAGCAUGAGAUUCUCUAUGCCACUCGCAAAGGUACGCGCUUGCUCAAUUUGUCGGAUUUCCGUGAUGAAGCGCAUUCCAAUUCUUGGGAUCAGUCUGCGUUUGUUCGCACUUUUGCUUUUUUUCUCGAUCAGCGUCUUGAGGGCAUGGUCUAUGAGCGGAAGCAGUCCCCUAGAAAUCGGGAUGAGUAUGAGUUUGAGUAUUAUGAAGGUCGGGAGCGGCGCCGGCGGGAGGAGGAGAAGAAGCCAAUGACGCCAUUGAGGGAUAUGAAGCCGGAGAAGGUGUUGGGCAGGAUGCAUCAGUUGCAGCAGUUGCUUGAUCGGUUCUUGGCUUGCCGUCCUACGGGCAGUGCUAAGAAUUGUAGGAUGGUUCUCAUUGCGCUUUAUCCUCUUGUUAGAGAAAGCUUUCAGCUUUAUGCUGAUAUAUGUGAGAUACUUGCUGUGUUGUUAGAUAGGUUCUUUGAUAUGGAUUAUCCUGAUUGUGUCAAGUCUUUUGAGGCUUAUGCGAGUGCAGCUAAGCAGAUCGAUGAGUUGGCUGCGUUCUAUGGGUGGUGUAAGGAUACGGGGGUUGCGAGAUCAUCCGAGUACCCGGAGGUGCAGAGGAUUACUGAUAAACUGUUGGAGACAUUAGAGGAGUUCAUGAGAGACAGGGCUCGGCGGCCUAAGAGCCCAGAGAGAUUGCCUGAAGAAAGAGUUGCUGUUGAGGAGGAACCAGUAGAGGAUAUGAAUAGCAUUAAAGCAUUGCCGGCCCCUCCAGUGCAUGAGGAGGUUCAGCCUCAGCCUCAAGUGAUUGAGAAGGUAGAGCCUGAAAAACUGCCACAACAGCAAGAGGCUGACCUCGUGAACCUUAGGGAUAAUGAUGUUUCAGUGCAAGACCAGGAAAAUAGGCUUGCUCUGGCUCUUUUUUCGGCUCCCACAGCCACUGCCAAUGGUUCAGCUUCUCAGGAUAAUGAAGUAACUUCUGCAUGGCAGACACCUGCGGCAGAGAGCGGGAAAGCAGAUUGGGAGCUGGCUCUUGUGGAGUCAGCUAGUAAUCUCUCAAAGCAAAAGGCAGCACUAGCAGGGGGAUUUGAUCCGCUCCUCCUGAAUGGAAUGUAUGAUCAGGGGAUUGUGAAGCAGCAUGUCAACUCUCAGGUGAAUGGAGGAAGUGCCAGUAGUGUGGCUUUGCCAGGGCCUGGAAAGACCACCACCCCUGUUCUGGCAUUGCCUGCUCCUGAUGGAACCUAUCAAAGUGUCGGACAGGACCCAUUUGCGGCUUCCCUGUCCUUUGCUCCUCCAUCAUACGUGCAGAUGGCCGACAUGGAGAAGAAGCAGCAGUUGCUGACGCAGGAACAACAGAUGUGGCAAGCUUAUGCAAGGGAUGGGAUGCAGGGCCAAGGUUACUUGGCCAAGCUCCAAAAUAACUACAUGUACCCCAAUCAACCAAUGCCAUAUGGAAUGCCACCAAUGUACUACCACCCCCAACCGCCCUAUUGAUUUUGAGAUACUUGCAUGUCUGAUGUUGCAUUGCUGAGCGGUCUCCUUUGCUUGCUGGUUUACCGGGUUCCUCCUUCAUUCAUGUGUAUCGUGUUACUUUCUCAUUUCUUGUAAUAGUAUUGAAGCAUCGUUUUGAAUCUAUAAUUACCAUAGCUUGUUCUUUGGGAUUUCAUCA